CAUGCUGGACGCGCGAGCGCGACGUUGUCUCUCUUCCGUUCUUCCUGCUGAACCGCUGCGCCGGCUUUUCUCUCGCGUUUUAUAUCUUGAGUUUAUAAUUUUUUUUUCUUUACUCAUUCGCUACGUCGACGCCGCGUCAGGUGCGCGCGCGUGCAACCGGCUCUCUUCAUGUGGGGCUUCUGGUGCUGGCUUUGCAAGAAAGCGUUCUCGGACUACACGAGAAAGCAGUGGAAUCGCUUGGUGAAUUGCUCGCGGAUAAGAAGUAUCAGAAACUUGGGCGGACAGAGGAAGAACAGAUCGAAGAAGAAUGAAGAUACUCUGGUUGAACUGUAUUGAAACUCUCGUUGUAAUUGAGAGAGUUGAUAAAGUGCAGCUGUGUUAUUGGUAGAGACUUAAUUAGGGAGACUGUAAAGAAAAGAAAAUUUCGAUCAUCUUAAGGUGAAGGAAAUAAAUAAGAAGGACCAGCCAAGCUGGCAGGAUGAGGGUAAGUCGAUCAAGUCCAAGAAAACAACAACAGCAGCAGCAACAACAUCGUCGUGAACCGAGACAGCGACUCGGCUGCGUCGAUGAGAGGUAGUGUCGAGAUAUGCCCGGAUGCAGCGGCGGCGCGCAGCUCGCAUCCAUGACGGGCUCGACGGACCUGGGGCCGAUCCAGCCCCAACAGGACUCGGCGCCCCUGCUCGACGACAGUCUCUUCGCCGACGACAGACGAGGCUACUCCUCGGCCAGGAGGAAGAUGACGCCACCGACAGGCGGAGGCUUGCCGGUUCAGUUGACGCCCCUCUGGGAAUAUGUCGUGCGAACGAAAAAGUUCCCGCGAGACGUGGACGUCGCGACGAUCUUCGAGGAGAUAUCGCAGCGUCUCCGGGACCCCGAGUGGGAGGUCCGUCAACACGCGUUGCGUGUCCUCGUGGACGUGCUGCCCACCUUCGGUCCCAAAGAGAUCGACGAGGUGGCGGCGCUAGUUCUGUCCGACCUCGUCGACAACCUCGGCAAUCCGGCGCCUGCCGUCAGGAAGGGCUCGCUGGACGCCCUGAGGAUCUAUCUGCUGCACACGCCUCGAAGGGAUGAGAUGACCACGAAAAUCCUUCACGACGGCAUGAAUCGACCGGACGUGCUCGACGACUACCAGACCAGCAUCGCGACAGGUGUGAUUCUGAGCACUCCACUCUUGCUGUUUGCAUCGCGAUCGAGUACACGACCUGGAAGCGAAGUCGUACGAGCUGCUACGCAAGCUCUCGCUAUGAGACUCGUCCAGGUGACGCAUCAGGAGUCGGCUUUGCGAUCUUUAGCCAAGAUCCGAGAAGCUAUCGGAGAAGAGGAGUUUGCGGGGUAUCUGAAGGAGGUGGACGAUAGCAUGAAGAGGAAUUUUGAUCUGCUGUGCGAUGUCUAUGGGAUCAAGAGGAGCUCGCCGACUGACAAGAGGAAGAGGCCGAGGUCGAGAACAAAGCAACGGUCUGCUGACAAGUCGCAUCGAAAGGACUCGGUCGAGGAGUCGAUCAAGGACGUCGUGGCAACGGACAAGAGCUGGGAGAGCGAGGAAGAUUCGGACACUUCGGGAAUCGCUGAGGGGGACGAGGAGGGAAGCGCGGUGUCGAGGUUGGGCUCCUCCGGAGGUAUCACCUCGGCGAGGGUCGUGCUGGAGACCGAGAUCAAGUUCAACGAGGAAACGGCUAUCACGAUGACGAUACUGGAGGAACAGGAUAAGGAAAAGGAGGGGGACAGCGAGGAGGAGGAAGAAGACGAGGAGGAUGAGGAUUACGAUGAGGGUCAGGAGGCUGAUGGGGAGGUAGAGGCUGCGGACGAGGAUGACCCCCUGGGGAGGAGGAAGACACCGAGACGCGUACACUUCGGCGGCGAGAUCGUCAAGCUCCGCACUCCCGACAGCGAAGACGCCGAGUCAGUCUUCUCGGACGUUUACCUGCAACCUCAGCAACUUCCUCGUACGAGAAUACCCUUGCCCGUGUCACCGGCCACCAGGUUACCACCUCAACAGCCGCGUCGCGUCAGAUCAUCUUCGCAGCCUAGCGUUUCUCGGAGACAGCCCAGACACAGGCAGAAAAGAUCCGCAUCGAGUAGUCCUAGGAGAGAGAUCUACGUGCACGACGCAAACCUCAGCCCGAAGAAGAGCAUUUUGAGCAAGAGUUCGGAUUUUGGCGAUCGGCAGACGAGAUCUCAUCGAUCUCGACGAGACUCCAUCACGCCGCUCACUUCACCUCGAAUCGUUAUCCAGGAGAUCGAUCCUCCCGAGGAGCCGUCCUUUCUUGUCUGUGAGGAAUCGCGGUCGCCACCUUCUCCUAAAAUUGAAGAAAGCGUUCUACUGGGACAGGCAAGAUCAGCCAGUCCCAGUCCCAGCGUUAUACUGGGUGACGUUUGCAUGGAUCCGGAUAAGAUGAGGGACAAUAUCGACAGCAUAUUCGGCGACAGAAGUGGACUCGAGUUUCAGGAAAAAAUUCAGAAGGACCACGAGAACAUGAUGCGAUCGGUAUACAGAUCAAGAUCGGCACUGGAGAAGACCACCAAGUUCGAUUGGAUGGACGAAGACGGGUCGAUCAGUCCUGGUCGAGAAAGACGACGCAGUUCGUCAGCCAAAAGCGCCGGAUUCGAAGUGUUUCCACGUCAAGAGCGAAACUACAUCCUCAUGGAGCUAUCGAGUCCCACGAAAGACUUGAGUAGACGAGCUUCACUGGAAGACAAUCAAAUGGGUGAAACUCCUGUAAAUGAUAGCUCCAAACCUUCCGAACAAACCUAUCCCAACGGAGAGAAAGAUAAAACUGAAGAUCCACCCAAAAGUGAAAGUGAACAAGUUAUACCGGAAACGAAAACCGAGGAAUCGCAGGUGGAUUCGAACAAAACCGCGGAAAGUGAUAAGGCCGAAGAACGUGAAAAUAACAAGGAAGAAACGGAUGCUCAACUUGGAAUAAUCGACGACGAUCUGGAGAAAUCGGCGCUGGACGCCAAGGAACGAUCGUCCGACAGCAGCAGCGAUGGAGAUUGGAAACCAAAGGAACCAAGCUGGGAAGAGCUGGGCCUCGUUGACGAGGAGAUUUUGAACGAUUUUCACAAUAAGGAUGACUGGCGAGCCCGCGUUCGAGGCCUGGAGCGAAUCGCCUCUGCCCUUCGAGCACCACCGGCGCUGGAAGCCGUUGAACCGAGGCUGGGCUCGUUGCUACACGCGGUGCUUGGCGGCGAAAGGAGCUGUCGCGUUGCCGCCGCUGGACUCGCCGUUGCCAGGGUCCUGCUGACCGGAGUAUCCGAAGACGCCCUGAAAGAUCGUCUAUCCCUGAUCGCCUGGGGACUGGCUCGACAAGGUGGUCCGAACGCAGCUCACCUUGCCAGGCUCGUCAUGCUUCGAACCAGUCCCGGACUGUUCGUCGAGAAGUUACUUCAACCGCAGUGCAUAGGCGCCAGAAACGCAAAGAUGCGGGAAAACACUUUGCAGCUAUUCAUAUUCUCCCUGGUUACGUUUCCGAGCACCGAGUUCAAGGUGAAGUCCGCUAUCGACAAGGUGGUAGCAAUGGUCGGCGAUCGUCGUAAAAGAGUUCGAUACUCUGCCCUUGACACCCUGGCGGUGAUGUCACAAAUUUACGAUUCCGAGGACAUUCUGGAAGCGAGUAAACGGUUUACCAAGGGAAAACAGGAUGGACAGACAUUCCACACGGCUAUUAAAACUCGAUUGUCACGAAAGUUGCUACCCACAGUUUCGGUCGAUGGACUUGUCGUUUAUGGCCUUCAAAUAUCGUCAAACUCGCCACAUACUGGGGCUGAUGUGGAGUGGAUAGAAGCCGGCAGUGGCUCAGUUUCGCCAGGCACUGGACGAACGAGAGGACAAUUAAUCGCUAUGUCAAGAAUGGAAAACGAGCAAAGUAUUAACAAAAAACUGAGGAAUCGUCCCGUGAGUGAACACAGCAUAUUGGGCGGUUCAGGUUUGCUGGAAAAGAGUGAAAGAACAGCAUCUUGGAAAUUGUUGCCGCAAUCAGAUUCGAAUGAUAAACAAAAUCAAGACAUAAAAUCGAAAAAGAUCGGUCGUGCUUCAAAGUCAGCUGAUAUAUCCAAAGUCACCACAUCAGAAUUUGACUAUCACAAAGAACAAACUGACGAAAGAGUCAACAAAAAUUAUAAACCCUAUGCAACUCCAAAGCGAAGUGACCGGAACUCGGAGCGUCAGAUUAACAACGAAUCCAAAGCAGAAAGUGGAGAUUAUUCAACUCAGGCUCGAACAAACAACAGUCCUUCGGUGCCUAAGCAAGAAUCUCGAAUACCCAUCUACACUGGCGAUCGUACCCCAACAGCGAAGGCUGCCGCUGCGGAGAUGAACAGCGGGAGUCGUGAGAGGAGUCCAGCCGAUGCAGCGAUCCGUAGAGACAAGCGAAAUGUCGAUUACGGUGAUGACAACGGUUAUUUGAGCAUCCACCAGAGAAGAAAGCUUCACGCUGUGAGAAGUGCAGUUCCUCGAACGAAUCAUGCUUACGACAACGGUUACCGUUAUGACAAAUCUCUGGAGGAUAUGGACGAGUUGCAAACGAAAUUCAGGGAAGAUAGAAGACAUUCUCCACUUCGGGAUUUUAAGGAGAACGAUCGGCGAACUUCUAUGAGCUAUGAAAAAUUGAAUAAAAACUUUGAUACUGUUAUAAAAAAUUCUCGGGCAGGUCUGAGGAGUGUUCCUCAUUAUCAGUAUUCUUCGAAAGUGACGGAAACGUAUGAAACGAUCUACCAAAGGCAACGACGUUCGAAAAAAGAAAGAUCGUCUCGAUCCUAUGUCACCUCACCAAAUUCGCUCUCCUAUGGAUACGAUUAUGAAGGAUACGGAAAUAGGAGGGCGCAAGUCGAAAAUUUCCAGGACAAAAAUACAAUAAAGGAGUCAAAGGCGGAUCAACGAAGUCCACACAGGAGGCGGAUGUUUGUCUCACCCUUCGACGAUCGCACUAACGAAAAAACUAUGCGAACACUCGACAAAGACGCAGACCAAGAGACGGACACCAGCAGCACAGUGGAGCGUAACUUCAGGGCGGACUCGGGCCGAACGCUGAGCAAGUCAGCGGGUAGUCUCCUGGGCUCGCCUCGUCACGAUGGAGGAGAAGCGCGAUCCAACAGCGGAAGCAGUUCGUCCUCGAAUCGAUCGUCUGGUGUCCGUAGAGUGCGGGUGUCGAGUAGUAAGAACAGCAGCAGACAUCAGACGGCGACGAUUUUACCGGUGCAAGCCGAAAGCGACGAGUCGAACGUUGUUGCCAGAUCCGAAGAUAAGGCCUUCGACGUUAUCUCCGCCAAGAGCCAUUCCACGCGACGCAAUACGCCCGACGCUACAUCAAUCCGCACGGAAAUCGAGGAAGAUCUCCGCACGACGUCGGGCAGCGAGGAUCACCCCCUAACGACUCGUAACCACUUCGAAACAUCGUCAUCGGCGAGUGCCGAUUCCGUAGACGGCGGCAAUUCCAAACGUAGGUCGGCGGACUCUCUGCGUCAACGCAGACUGUCGGUGGCCGAGCCGGAGGAUGAAUCGCCCAAGGGCAAUGAUCUACAGCCGGCCAAGUGCAACGGCUAUGCCGCUGUCGGCGAUCGAUCGUCGGCCAGUAGCAACGGGGCAGCCGCGUCUCGGCCGGGAAGCGCCAGGCUGAACGGCAGUCCGGCCAGGUCGAUGGUGGGAAUGAACGGCGUAAACGACAACGGAAGAGAGCCGUCGGAGUCUCCCGAGGAAGACGCCGCCUUUGAAACCUUGGACUUCCGAAACGCAGCGAGAGAAACGCCGAGCGCCACGUCGAUAGUUGUCACCUCACCGGUUCGAUCGAGGGGGUCGUACGAGUACGACAACGACCUGCGAAAUACCGACUCGAAUAUCACUCUUUAUAGCUGCACUAGCGUAAUUAUGUCGCCGAAAAGUUCGAGCCCGAAGCGUUUCAUAAGCGAGGAUCCACCGUCCAAGGACACCGACGACUCCGACGAGACUCCACCUCUGCCAAUCGGUUUCGACAACGUCAGUCGAGCCCCGACCGAAAGCUCAGACGCCGGCACCGACGAGACCGACGACGUCAGCAUCAAGCCACAGCCGUCACGACUACCGACGCCGAUCGACUUGCCGCGAAGACUGUGCAAGGUGUCACCUUGCAAAAUGCGACCACAGGCCAACUGCUAUAGGGCGGCAUCGGUACCCGCCACUCGACACCCCGAGAAGAUGUCGAAACAGGUUCAACAGUGCUUUACUCAACUGGAAAGCAAAGACUGGGAAGUGACGUUGAAGGGCCUGAGGACGCUAUCUCAGAUAGCCAGAGAUGAACCGGAACAACUGGACGCCUGUGCUCCUGGACUACUAGCUCGAGUACUCGGCAAAAACGUGAAAAAUUUGCGCUCUCAAGUGGCUCGAGUCGCCUGUUUCGCGGCCGGCGAAGUGUUUGCCGCGCACGUCCGGGGAAUCGAUCAGGAUCUGGAUGAAAUCGCUGGACCUUUGCUGCACAGAACCGCCGAUACCAACAGGUUCCUUCGCGAGGACUGCAACGUGGCUUUGGACAGCAUGAUCGAGCAUUUCCCACCGAAUCGCACGAUCAUGACUAUAGCCAAUCGGGGAGCCAGUCAUCAGAACACGAUCGUCCACGCGACGACGGCGAGACUUCUGUACGUAAUUGUCAGUGAAAUAGGACCGGAAAAUGCAAUGAAUCUGCCCAGGGAAGUCAAGGAUAAACUGUUCGCCACGACUGCGAAGUUACUGACUGAUGGAAAUUUACAAGCGAGAAAACACGCUAAGGAAACGUUCCGGAUGUUAUCACGUUGCGACGGAUUCCGUAAAGCCCUGACCGACGCCGUCCCGGAAAGUACCCUACGACUCAUCGACAAGACCCUUCGAUCUCUCUAGACAACCUGUAAAUAACCCAAGAAAAUCCAACGAGACUCUGAGUCUAACCUCGUGUACCAGAGACACUCUGAAAGCUUUAUCUAAAUUCCGUCCACGUAUAAGCAGAUACCAGCAAUCGAUUUUACUCAUCAGAAACUUUCAGAAUGUCUAUACCACAUAAAGCGUGCAAUAUUUCGCGAAAACCUAUAACAUACAAAUAUAAGUGUUUCUUGAAUGGAAAAAAGCGCAAAUUAAGCGCGAUCAUUUUAUAUUCGUAUCGUACGAUUCUUUUUUAUACCAACUUGUAUAGAAGACAGAAGAGGUGGUAAUAGGAAGAGCUGCUACGAAUCGCCAUCGAUAUAUCAACUAAUUUAGUGCCUUUUGCUGUUCGCGAAGAAAAUGUGUUUGAUUUUGACGAACCUCCAUUGUAUACUCCGCGCACAUUAUUCGUUUUGUGAUGUACUAAAUAAUACAACGUGAUCAUUUGAUGACAACAGAAUUUUAUGUGUCGAUUCGCUCAAAUCAUUUCUCUUGCGGCUUUUAUUUGUUGUUUUAUUAGUGAAUUUAUCGAGGGAAACAUAAAAGUGAAGUUUUUAAUUUCACCUUUUAUCAAUUAUAGCCUUGCAUAAGUUCAUCGGCUCAUUCACUUGAGCCACAUGAAACUGAUCAAGGUUUGAAGUUUCUUGAAAAAAAUGUACCAUUGCCUUGGGCAAUGUUACUUUUUUGUAAAUUUGUAAGUUAAUUAUUUAAAUAAUUUCUAAUAUAUUUAAAUUGUAAAUCGUUACAUUCAUUAAGUGUUAUGACAUCUGAAUUCUAUAUUGUAAAUAGUCAUGUACUCGACAGCAGCUCGUACUAUUAAUUAUAAAUAGUAGAAUAAUAAUAUGUUUGUUUUUUAAACGAAUAAUUUUUUUUGCAAAUUGAAAUUUUUAAUAAAUAAAUCCAUUUUUA